UUUCUUGUUUCAUCUCUUCAUCAUAUCUAAAAGACAAAAUGGCUGAGUUUUCAACAAUGAGCAUCACCAUGGGAAACAGGAGUUACAUCUGCCAAGACACAAAAAAAAAAGUAUAUGGUAAUAUAUGGUACCAGGGCAACCCUCUCAACGUCCCAUAUUCCCUUUUCUUAAUUGAGUUUUCUGUCAUUUCCUCAUUCUCCCUCUUCUUCGAAUUCCUUCUCAAGCCUAUGGGACAACCAAAGAUCGUUCCGCAGAUUCUUAGUGGUGUAAUAGUUGGGCCAUCAGUGCUGGGGCACCAUGGAAAAUUUACAGACGGGUUGUUCCCUGUAGCAGGGUUAAAUCUUCUUAAAAAUAUAGCAGUAUCUGGCGUUAUGUUCUUCCUCUUCUUACUUGGACUGAAAAUGGAUUUAGCCAUGAUGAUUCGACCAGGACGAAAGGCCAUGAUAAUAGGCUUUACACUCUUCCUUUUCUCAACAACGCUCCCUAUAGGACUAUCCUUAUGGUUAACAAAACCUGUUCUCAAAGGAAACUCUCUUUUCUUUGUAGCGGCAUCACAGCAUCUAACAGCUUCUCCAGUAAUCGCCACUCUACUAAAUGAGCUCAAGAUUCUUAACACUAACCUUGGCCGCCUAGCUCUCUCUGCAUCAAUGUUUGCUGACACAUUUUCCAUUGUUAUGAACAUGGUUGCUUUCUCGAUGAAUUUUGUUAUGAAUUCCGAUACGGUAACAAUGGUAGGGGCACUUCUUUCACCAGUGGCUGUUAUGGCUAUUGUUGUGUUCAUCUUCAGGCCAACACUAAUGUGGAUGUUAAAAAAUUCACCCAAUGGGAAACCUAAUGCAAGGUGUAUCUUUUACGCUUUUGUGUUCGUCCUCGUUUCAGGACUUUUGAGUGAGAUUGCAGGCCAGCAUUAUGGCCUCGGACCAUUAGUUCUAGGCUUUGUUAUUCCUGACGGUCCGCCGUUUGGAGCUGCUUUAGUAUCAAAGCUAGAUACUCUUAUUACAAAUUUUUUUUUCCCCAUGUUCGUUGCCAUUCUAGGAAUAGAAACUGAUGUCUUCCAGAUUCAAUUUGAUGCUUUUUGGACUGUGACAAUAGUUGUUGUCUUUUCUUCCAUUGUCAAGAUCUUAGCAGUGAUGUUGCCAGGCAUCUAUUGUGAGAUGCCCACACAAGAUGCAUUAGUGCUUGCACUAAUUUUGAAUGCAAAAGGCUCUAUCGAUCUGAUGAUGUACAGUCUAUGGAAGGACACCAAGCUUCUAACUGAAGAAUAUUUUGUCCUAGCUGUUUUAUCAGUAAUGGUAGUAAUGGCAAUCAUAACCCCAUUGAUAAAACUACUCUAUGAUCCUGAAAGCCAAUACAUUUCAAACAGCAGAAGCACCAUCCAACAUUGCAAGCGUCAUUCAGAGUUCCGAAUUUUGGUCUGCAUUCACAACCAAGACAGCAUUCCCACAAUUGUAAACCUCUUGGAUGCCUCAUAUGCCGCCAAAGACAGCCCCGUUUUUGUUACAGCAUUGCUUCUUGUCGAGCUUGAAGGGCGAACCGCCCCUCGAUUUUUCUUGAACGAUGGAACCAGUAAGACAAGCACGCCAACAACAGGCCCAAUUGUGAAUGCAUUAAGCAUUUAUGAGGAGCAUAAUGAAGGCAAUGCUAUAGUUCAAUCAUUCACUUCAAUAUCUCAUAUCCAGACAAUGUAUGAUCAAAUCUGUCAAAUGGCUUCCGACAAACGUUCCACAAUUGUAAUCAUGCCAUUUCAUAAACAAUGGGCUAUUGAUGGUGGUGUUGAGUUUGUGAACCCUUCCAUCCAAACGCUCAACAUCAAUGUCCUCGAGAAGGCACCAUGUUCGGUUGGAAUUCUUGUUGAUAGAGGAAUCCUGAGCGGAUCAUUUUCUGUUCUCACCCGUCGAUCAUUAUUCCAUGUUGCUGCUGUGUUCAUUGGCGGUCCAGAUGAUGUUGAGUCACUGUCUUAUGCUUUUCGCAUGGCUAGACAUGAAUCUGUUCACCUUGCAGUCAUCAGGUUCCUUCAGUUUGGAGAUGAAAACUCUAAAGAUAGAAAACACGGCAGUGAUUUGAUUGAUGAAUACAUGCGUUCAAACAUAGGAAACAAGCGUUUCGAGUAUAUAGAAGAGGUGGUGAAAAAUGGGCCUAAUCUAUCUGAAUGUCUAAUGGCGUUGGUAGAUUGUUAUGAUUUGAUUCUGGUAGGAAGUUACCAUCAAGAGUCAGCAAUGCUUGUAGGACUUGGGGCAUGGAGCGAGUGCCCUGAGCUUGGAGUCAUCGGGGAUAUGCUUGCUUCGCCUGAUUUUCCAACGACAGCAUCAGUUUUGGUAGUGCAGCAGCAAAGAAUAAGAAGGAAGCUGAUGAUGCACAGUGUGCAGGCAGUGGUGAAUAAUGUAGAGGCAGUUCUUCAUGAUGUACGUGUUCCACAAAGAUCAGAUAGUUAUAGUAGAUUGUCUAUUUCAGUGGAAAAGAACUAGGAUUGCUGUCCAGCAAGCUAUAUUUUGUUUUAGUUUUUCCUUUUUAUUUCUGCUUUCUGUAUUCAUACUUUCUAAGAUAAGAAAUGUUUUGCUGUGCAAAAGAAUUUGUAAUGGUAUGCAACUUUUCAGAGUCAGGAUUUGAGAACUUGUAAACAGUCAA